AUGAAUUCAAAGGUAAGAGAAACACCAAGGCGCAGAACUUUGCAAGCAGGGAAGUGUAGUUCUGCCGAGAGAUUGGGAGACCAUGUGAUUGUACCAAGCCCUAAUCUCAAUAGGGAUGAGAGGCAUGAAGUGAGAACGCGCCUCCACAAUCCCAGAGAUAGCCGAAUCUUCAUCACCGAGUUCGGAUGGGAAUUCUUUCAGAGGCACUGGAACAGAAUCCCCAUCAUCGAGCGAAAGUGUUUCAACCAAGACCGCCCAUCGACGUACAUUGAUGAUAAGCAAUGGAGAGGUCUCUGCAACCCAACCACUCCACCAAGGAUGAGGGUUGUGCAAGAGCUCUACGCCUAUUUGACCGUUGUCAUGGGGCAGUUUGUGUAUGUUCGAGGAGUGACAAUGGAGAUCAGCAAACAAGCUAUUAGAGAGGUGUUGGGAUUGCCCGAAGUUGAAAACAAUUGGGAGGAAGCCAUUGAUCGUGUUCCUCCUUGA